CGACCAACAUGAUCGCUGACUAGAGCCCUGUUGGUAUUCAUGGAGGCCUACCGACCUUCUGAGCAUUUUCUCCCCCAAACCUCUGCCCAGAACCACCUUCCAACAGGCCAGACCCCGCCGUUGCCUGCGCGUCACCCGAGAACACCAUGAUGGCGUCCAACAUCUUCUCCAGGCUCCUCCCAGCCGCCUCGGAUGUGCCGUACGAAACCGAGCCGCUGAACGACGCGCACCGCCGCCACUCCUCCUCCACCGACGGACAACACGCUAUGGAUAUUGACGAGGAGAACUUGGGCGCGCGCUUUGAGCCGCAGGACCUCGAGCACCUGCUGGCAGACACGGCCUCCAGCCACAUGACGGUCGAGAGCCACGCGCCUGGGACCAAGACUGCAAAGCGAAGCGCGGGAUGGAGACAGCCGGCUCCUGCUCGACAUGCCCACAUAGACGACGAUGACGACGUGCCGCAGUCGCUGCUGCUGGAAGGAGGCCCGUCCACCAACCCGAACCAGCGCCUCGACGGCCUGCCGCCCCCCGUACCAGGCCCUUCGACGCACCAGGCUCGAGCACAGUGGGACACGACAAGGAGACAGCAGCAGUUGCAUACCGAGGCUGCAAGUGCCCCGUCGCGUGCGUGGGGUCAAACAGGCAGACCAGGCCAGUUCACUGCGAACCCCAAGGAGAAGGCCCUGUGGCUGUGGGUGAACCAGACCGACCUGGACACGUACAUGCGCGACGUCUACGAAUACUACAUUGGCUGCGGCAUAUACUCCAUGCUGUUGCGGAGGUUCCUCACGCUUCUGCAAUCCGCUUUCGUCGUCGGCUUCAUGACGUUCCUUAGUUGGUGCAUCGACUACUCCAAGCUUUCAGAGAGCCACAAGAUGAGCCAAGUGCUGGUGCCAAAGUGCACGAAGCGGAUACAUGGCUUCUGGAUCUUCGCCUUGUGGUUCUUCAUCAUGUACUGGCUGUUCUCCAUUUAUCAGAUGGUUACAGACCUUCCAAGACUGCGAGCCAUGCAUGACUUCUACCACCAUCUCCUCGACAUCCCAGACCAAGACAUCCAGACCGUCCAGUGGCAGUCAGUCGUGAGCCGAGUCAUGGCCUUACGCGAUCUGAACUUAACCACCGCCUCAAACCUGUCACCCGAGACCCGCAAGUUGCUCGACUCCAAGAGCAGACAACGACUGGAUGCUGUGGACAUUGCCAGCCGACUCAUGCGACGUGAGAACUACCUGAUAGCCCUUUUCAACAAGGAGAUCCUCGAUGUGACAGUCCCGAUUCCAUUCCUGGGGAACAGAUAUGUCUUCUCCGAGACCACGAGAUGGCAUGUCAACCUCGCUGUGAUGGACUUUGUCUUUAGUAGUGGACCCAACGGCCAAUUCAAUCAAGACUUUUUGAAGGAGCGAAAUCGACGUGAGCUGGUGAAGAGGCUGAAAACUCGUUUCUUCUGGACAGGCAUCAUCAGCAUCAUCUGCGCACCGUUCGCCGUCGUCUUUGUGCUUGCAUCGUACCUGUUCAAGUACUUCACAGAAUACCACAAAGACCCUGGCCAGCUUAGCAAUCGCGACUUUACCAUAUUCGCCCAAUGGAAGUUUCGCGAGUUCAACGAGCUGCCUCAUCUUUUCAAUCGCCGCCGUAACAUGGCCUACCCCUUUGCGAAUCUGUACCUUGCACAAUUUCCAAAGGACAAGACAGAGCAGGUAUCUUCAUUCGUAGCCUUCGUUGCAGGAGCCUUUGCCUCCAUCCUGGUCGUCUUUACGCUUCUUGAUUCAGAAUUAUUCCUCAACUUUGAGAUCACACCUGGAAAAACCGCCAUUUUCUGGAUCGGUAUCCUAUCCACCAUCUACCGGGUCGCUCGUGGAAGCAGCCCCCAGGAAGACCAAGUAGCAGACCCGUCCUACUACAUCGAACACGUCAUCGGCCACAUCCGCUACAUGCCAGACUCCUGGCAAGACCGUCUCCACACCGAUGAAGUACGCGCCGAAUUCGCAAAACUCUACCAACCCAAGAUCCUCAUCUUCGCCGAAGAGAUCCUAAGCAUGGUCAUCACGCCCUUCCUACUCAUCUUCCGCCUCCCAAACUGCAGCGAGCGCAUCGUCGACUUCUUCCGCGAAUUCAGCAUCGUAGUCGACGGCCUAGGCGUCACAUGCUCAUACUCCAUGUUCCCCUUCAACAAAGGCACCCAAAACGCCACCAACACCAUCAACAACCCCGCCAACAGACCCGCCGGACAAAGAGAAGACGUCGACCUCCGCGAAGACUACUUCAUGGCCAAGGACAACAAGAUGCUCGCCUCCUACUACGGCUUCCUCGACACCUACGCCACCUCCGGCCCAAGGAACUACAACAACCGCCUCCAAGGCCGCGGCAGCUUCCACCCGCCCCCGCAGUUCCCCAACGCCUUCGGCGCAAUGUCGCAAACCGCCCAGCCCCUCGAACCCCCCGCCCACACCUCAUCCAGAGCCCCAUCCUCCUCCGCGCGCCCAACCCCCCACCGCCGCACCCCCCGCCACCCCCGCGACGACCCAAUGUCCUCCCUCCUCCUCGACCCCCACCACCACCCCUCCUCCGCCUCCACCCUGCGCAGCCCCCCGCGCUCAACCCAACACCCCCGCUACAGACCACAUCUCCCCGACCAAUCCGUGCAUCCCGGCUCGCGCAUCGAGGAGGAGAGCACGAUUGGCGACUCGUGGCGCACGAGUCGUCUCGCGCAGGAUGAUGACGAGGAGGAGGAGGAGGCGCCCGGUGCGAAUCGUGGCGGUGUGCUGCAGCUGCUGCAGCAGUUUUCGAAGGCGCAGGCUGAGGGGAGGGGGGCGGCGGGCGUUGGUGUGUGAGAGAUUUGUUUUUUGAAGGUUGGGGGUUGGACUUGGAUGGGUGUUUGUAUAGGCGUUUUGGAUUUUGAUGGGGAUGGGAUGGGAAUUGGCGUUUAGGUUGGGUUGUUUUGUCCCAGAUGGGAUGGGAUUAUCAUGUGAUACCAUACAGAGCAUAGCAUUCAUUGAAGAGUACAAUACCAUUUUUAGGAG